AUGGUCGCCGCUCUGCUACCCCUGGCGCAGGCGCUGAAGUCGCCGCCGGAGCCGACGGUCGCCUAUGUGACGCAGCAACUCGACCACUUCCGCUUCGACGAGACGCGCACGUUCUCCCAGAAGCUGCUGGUCCACGAUGCCUGGCACCGCCCCGGCGGCCCGCUGCUCAUGUACUUUGGCAACGAGGGCGCCAUCGAGGACUUUUACGGCAACUCCGGUGGCCUCAUGUUCGAGCUCGCGCCGAAGCUCAACGCGUCCGUCGCCUUCCUCGAGCACCGCUACUACGGGAGCUCGCUUCCGUUCGGCAACGCGAGCUACGGCAGCGACGAGCUCGCGUUCCUGACCGUCGAACAGGCGCUGGCCGACAUGGCCCUGGUGCUCGCGACGUCGUCCGAGAUCCUGGGCGCCGCGGACGGGCCCGCGGUGCUCUUCGGCGGUUCCUACGGCGGCAUGCUCGCCGCGUGGUUCAUGCUCAAGUACCCGCACCUCGCCGCCGGCGCGGUCGCCGCGUCGGCGCCCGUGGACCUGUACCCCGGCGAGGGCAAGGAGCGACCGUUCUUCGACGCCGGGCUCGAGGUCUACGGGACCUACGGCUCCGCGGCGUGCGAAGCGGACCUGCGCGCCGCGCUCGCCGCGCUGGCGGCCGCGGCGAAGACCGCGGAGGGCCGCGACGCGCUGGCGCGCUCCUUCCGCACCUGCGAGCCGCUGCCGGACCCCGUCGACGGCGACCGGCUGACGUCCUACGUCAACGGCGCGCUGAGCACGCUGGCCAUGCUCGACUACCCCUACGCGUCGGCGUUCGUGGCCCCGAUGCCCGCGAACCCCGUGCGCGUCGCCUGCGGCCGCGUCGCCGCGGCGCCGUCGGCGGCGUCGAAGCUCAAAGGCGCCGUCGACGUCUUCCUGAACCACACGGGCGAAACCGCGUGCUACGAC